CACCGGAUAUUUAACAAUAAAAAUAUGCCGUCGUUGAUUCACAGACAUGACGCAUUGUCGUAGUCAGGCUAAUGAAGAGUAAGUCUCAUUCCUCCCACUGGAAGGGAACAAUUACUUCCCGCCAUAAUGUCUAACUUCAUACAUCACGGUGGGCGGGAAAUGGCAGCAACAACAUGUUAUUAUUUCAGUCAGUUCGCUUUUACAGACAGAAGUGCACACGUUAAACAAAAUAAAAUAUUUCAGGAAGACUGUCUUAUGACAUCUCGGGAAAGUGCUGCCUACUGAACUACUACAUUAGCCGCCAACAAACGCGCAACAGGUGUAAAGACAAAUACUUAUAACAACAAAAAUAAACCCGACGUCACUUUACAGAAAAGGAAACCGACAACCAUUGAGGAAUUCUUCAAAAUAUGUAAUGACGGACAGAUCAUUCACCGACACAGACACAACAUGCAGAGAUAGCUAAAAAUAAAAUAGGUAUCACGGCCGUCCACAGCGGCCACGAAUUAUUACCAUUUCACGCGGGAAACGACUCGAGUGCCGUGAAUAUUUUGUUAAUAAAAGUUGUAAUUUUUAAAUUAUGAGUAUAGAACGCAGAUCGUGCGUGAACCAGGCGCCGCACGUCACCAAGCGCUUGCUUGCCAUCAUCGUGCUGUUGACUGGCCUGCUGUGUAUGUUUGGAGGCUAUCUACUGGGGCGGAUGGCUCGCGUGGAACCGAGAAAGAAUAACGAAAUGUUGACGUAUAACCUGACGAUAUUAGCAGAUAGUAUUUACAAGAAGGCUAAAAGAAUACCACCGAAACUACUCCACCAGAACGAUCCAGAUAAAAUACAAAUUAGAUUAUUUGAAAUUUUCAAUUGUACGCAUCUCUGCGGUGUUUUAAACAAAUAUAAUCUGGCUGAGUUUGUUAGGAAUUCCAUUAACUUCCAAGUGACGAAAUUAAUGAAGUCUGUGAAUAACGCGUCUGUCUAUUUGGAUAGCCUUAGCUGACAUUUGAAACUAUUGCUUUUAUGAUAAUUAUUCUUAUAUGUUUAUGGACCAUUGAUUUGCGAAGUAAUUUGCACUUAUGUACUAAAGUAAUGUAACAUUAGCCGAUACAUUUUAAUUCAAUAAAUUACAAUAAUAUCUAUACAGCUGCUAUGAUGAUAGCCAGUUAUCUAGCUAAGCUACUUUAUUGUUUAAGCUGUUCAUUUUGCCCAGUCGAGUGGGGAAAUGGAACAUUUAUUUGUUUUUGACGUUUAGUUUAAAUAUUUGGUACCUAUUAAUUUUACUAUGACACCUCAGAGGGUACGACCAGUACGACACGCGUUCGGCGGUCGCCAACCCGCAUUGAGCAAGCGUGGUGAUUAAUGCUCAAACCUUCUUCGUGUGAGAAGAGGCUUUGCUCUGCAGUGGGCAUUUUAUAGGCUUGUUGAUGUUGAUAAUGAUGGUUCGGCGCUCUAUUUGGCUCCAAUGAACCAACCAAUCAGCGCCGACCGCAGUCUUGUUUCGAAUAUUUUAAAGUUGAAAUGUAAAACA